AUGGCUCUGAAACAGAUGGAGAUCUUCUCCGUGAAGAAGAUGGAGGACAUCAGAGACCCCUACUACAUCUACGACGCCUACACCGUCAAGGUCGGUAGCGACCACCGCAUCCUCACCAUCGUCACCUCCUCCGAGUUGACCGUCACCAAGUGGCUCAAACAAGCCAUAAAAAUUCGAAACAACAGCUGCCUCCCCAAUAAACUCGUCGUCGGAUUCUCCAUCGAACUCAAACCUGAGUACAAGCACUACUUCCGUGUCCGCCACACUUGCUACUACGGGCUUAUCAUCCUCUGCAUUGGCGCCCACUGCCUUAUUUACCUCUUGUAUCACCCAGGUGACCUGCGUCCCAAGUUCCUCAUUUCCUUCCUCGAAAAUCCCAGGGUUGUCGUCGUCGGAAUGGGCAUUGAGGCGAAGGCGAGUCGUUUGGAGAGGGAUUUUAGGGUUAAGAUACAGAACGCCGUGGAUCUGAACAUCGGGGGAAAGUAUGAUUUGGAUGGGCUGGUUUUGGCUGUGCUGGGGAAAGAUGGGGUUCAUGUGAGGUUUAAGAAGAUGACUGAGUGGUUUAAGACGAGCGGUGAAUUGACUGAUGCCAAGGUCUUGCAUUCCACUGCUGAUGCUCAUCUCUAUUUCCGUAUUGCAUUCAAGCUGUAUGAUAUGAAUCAUGGCAGUGAAUCCAAGUCCAACAACAACAAGAAGAAAGGUAAGAAGUAG